CUUAAGUAAGUACUUACCUACUUCGUCAUGUCGAAGCAACCGUGGCGCGUCGUGUUCUUAUUCACUGUCAUUAUCACGAAUUGUUUACCAUACAAUGAAACUAACUUCCCGGCGAAGCUCCUUUUGGGGUCGCUUUGAUUCUCGUGAGAAUUUCCCUUUUUUCUUUUAAACACGAGAGAGAUGUACUCUUCUUUAUCUAUUUCUUUUACUUUUAUUAAAUAGCAAUAUAAUUCUAAUCUUGUCAAGAAAAUACGGAUUUUUUAUAAAUUUUUACAAAGCUUUUAUUGCAGAAGUAGAAUCACAGAGAAUUAAUAACAAUUUUCCUAAUCUAACGUAAGUUUGUAUGUUCGGGUGGAUUUUUUUCAUUUUCAUUACUUAGUAUGUCCGAUGUACUUACAUACAUUUAUAUUUUAAAAUAGUCUGAUAAUGGCAAUAUCAACAAAAAUAAGGGUUUGUAGUUUCAAUUUGACCAAAGUAUUAUUGAUGAGCUUUUCAAAUCAUCAAAUAAUAAUAAAAAUAUGUUCUCAGUACAUUUUAGUAGUUUGCAGAGUUGCCACUCAUUAGAUAACAUAUUCAUUCGUGGCCUGUAUUCCGUAUAUAAGGUUACGAAUCGAAUAGUUAGUAAUCGAGUCGAAUCAAUAAUCGGCUAAAGAACGGAAAUGUCCCAACACCAAAGCCUCGUAUUACAUCGUAAAAUACAACCCACUAUUGUGUAUGGCUAAAGUUCGUACCAGACAAAAACACAUAUACAGAUUAGUGUAAAGAGAGACAGAGAUGGAGCGUUACAAAGUACAUUGGCAGAUAAUGCUCGGAAUCAUCCGGUUAGUGUCGGUAGAGUUCGGUUUUGUCCAGAGCGCUGAGUAUGCGAGCUUGGUUAAUGUCAGUCUCGCCAUAUUGUCGAAGAAAAUAAUUGGUUUCCAUUUUAUUUAAAGUUGAAUAAUGAUUUAUUACUGGUGUUGACAUUGGAUAUAAACGAUAUUACGAUUGCCUUUAUAAUAUCAGUCAGUUCUAGUAAAUAUUAUAUACUUAACUUCGUAAAAAUGUCGUCAAAUGACCUUGAUGUGGACAAAGAAGAGUUUUACCGGCGAUUAUACGCUUCCUACAGUCGUAAACAUUUGAACACGUUUUUAUUAACUCCAGCAAGAUAUCUUCAGCUUAUUGAAGAAGUAAAGAAAGCGAAAACUAAAGUAAAGAAGACGCCAGAAGAUUAUCGCCGAGUGAAACGUUUCGAUAUUAUUCAGACACCCGAUGGUGAAAGACUGUAUUCAAAAGUCAAGCCUGGGCAAGAGUUGAAGCAAAUUUUCGUGAACACAGAAGAAAUGUACGAUAUUAUCCGUGACUACCACCUGCGAUUGGGUCACGCUGGAAGAUCUCGAAUGAUGGUGGCGCUAAAAAAGAAGUAUAGAAAUGUAACCGCAGAAAUUGUUUUAGUAUAUCUAGCAUUAUGUACAUCAUGUAAAGAGAAAAAAGUAAAACUAAUACGAACGCCAACUAAAAAAAAUGAUCAAACUUUGGAUUUUAAUGACGACGAUCCGCUCGAGACUGAUUCUUAUUCCACGAGACGCAUCGAGAUGAAUGUAACUGAUGGAAGUAUAAUUAAAGAAUUCGAUAAACAAGACAUUUCGAAUACGUGGUCCCACCCUGAAUUAUAUUCUAGAGGACAAGUUGAUAUUUUAAACGUAACAAACGAUUCUAAUGAAGAGUUCAAUUACAUGAUGGUCUAUAGAGAGUACAUUAGCAAAUUCAUUCACUUAAAACCAUUAAAAGCUGUUAGUGUACAGGAAGUUUCCGAUACACUCUUAGAUAUUUUCUUAGUGUUUGGUGCACCAAACAUUUUACAGUCCAAAAAUGGUAUUUCUAUUGUUACUAAGAUUUGUAGAAAGAUAUCAAAGUUAUGUCCAGAUAUAAAAGUAGUGGUGGGAGAUGGGGAAUUUUCGAAAGACGCUUUCAAUGGAAAAUCGAAUGAGGAUAUUUUAAGAAAAUUAAAUGAUUGGCUUUCACUAAGCCAUAGUACUUCCUGGCAGCAGGGUUUGAAAUAUGUUCAAUAUUCACUUAAUUCUAAAUUUAACGAAAUCCUUUGCAAAACGCCAAAUGAAAUGGUUUUUGUUAAAAAUCCGCGUAAAGGAGUAGCUUCACUGAUGGCCAAAUCUAUAUAUGAUGACCUGGUAACUGAAAAUGAAUUCAAGGAAAUUUUGGAAGAACAUGAAGAACAAGGGUGUUCUGUUCCUAAAAAACUGAAGAUGGAAGAAUCAUUGGUACUUCCUACAGAAUUUAUAAAGAAAGAAGCAGAUUCAGAUGGAAUUGACAAAUUAGACCCUUCUGAUGAUGAUUCGCUGUCAUAAUUCUAAUAAAUCUAAUUUGUUAGAUUAUGCAUUCUUAACUUAAUUCAGUCCUAUAUAUAUAUAUAUACAUACAUACGUACACAUAUACAUAC